AAUUAAAUUAAUUUCUAAAAUUUAUAUUGUGAAAGAGAGGGAAAAGGACAUUCUUGAGAUGAUAUUGGAAAUGGCUUUUCAUGGAUUGAGUGGAUGGUCGUGUCUUGGAUGUUUGCUGCCUGAAUCACCUGCCUAUGUAUUUCAUGGAGAACAUCUUUCUCCUAGCUGUAUUGGACUUCAAAAUCAUAUUCCCAAUAAUUUACAUCUACAACAUUUGAGGCAAAAAUACCGGGAUGCGAGACAUAAAAGAAUUUCGAUAUUGCAUCAGAAUAGGUUGCGAUUAUUGGCUUCAGUAUCUCAUACUGCUCUAUCUAAUAGUUCUGUAGAAGAAGGUCAACAUGUACAACAUGUAAGGUUACAAUAUAGAAAUUCGCGAUUUCAAAGACUUUCAAUGUUGUGCCAGACGAGGCCGCAAUUAUUGGCUUCAAAUUCUGUCCUUGGGUAUCCUGCAUCGGGUGCUGGUGUGCCAGUGUCAAUUACUCUGAUUUUUGGGCUUCAUGGUUGUACUUACAGUUUUGUACCAAGUUCUUCGAUUCUUAUCAGACCUAACACCAUAUUUGUGCAGUCAAUAAAGUAAUUUGCUUUGCCACUUUGUGAAGUUUAAUUAUACACAGUUUGUUAAACGUGCUUUGGUAACCUCAUAUCUGCUUUUAUUAAGUUGAAGAGUUAAGUGAAAUAAGGCCUGGGUUAACAUUGUAUGGAUUGUAUAUAUCUCCACCUCUUGAUGCUGUAUCUACUUGGUCCAAAACUAUAAAUGCCUCUGUUCCCGCAGUUUCUCACAAGGCAAGUUUGAUUUAUGAGAAUAAUAUCAUUGUCUUCCGAGUUUUUCCUUGAGCUUAGAUUUGAUUUAGUCGAUGAAUUUGAGUUCAUGAUUUUCUCUAUUCAGGAGUUAAUAUAUUUUCUUAAUUAGGAAUCUCUAGCAAAUAUCAA